AUGGAAACGAAGGGAAGUCAAAAUGUUUCUGCAAAUAAUUUAGCAACAAUUCCUAUUGAUGAAGAAGAUGAUGUAGUUUACAUUGCUAUUAAAGGAUCUUUGCAUGCAAAUGAUUGCUCCGUAUUUGGCUUAAGUGAAGAUGAAAUAGUAGCACUCACAAAAAAAUUUUCAGGACCUGGUACUGCAGUAAUAAACGGAGUGCAAAUCAAGACAACUGCAAUAAAAGCAAUCAAUGCUCUUUCUCAAUUAGGGUACAGAGUGGUUUCCAGCAGCGGCGAAGGAGAGACUACUUGGACAUUAAAGCGAAACAUUUAACUCAAAGAAGAGAUCAGACAUU